AUGCAAAAUGCUGCAACCCCAGCUCUUACAGCAAAUAUGUACGAAAAUCUUUGGAUUGUGUACAAUAAAACAGUUUUUGACAAAUGUGACACAUCCAUAGAGGGUGAAAACAGGACGACAAGUAAGCUACUGUUGCGGUGCAACACUCCAACAAAGUUGAACUAUUACCCGUUGCUAUUUUCCAAGUUUGCAGCAGACCCAAAAGGGCUGAUGUUUAAAGAAGGACAAAAAUAUUAUUUUAUUGGUAAGUGAUGGAAACAGUUCAGUUCUGAAUAAGACUACAAGUGAAGAGUAGAUAUAAUAAUGCCACUGCCACCCACCUUCCCACUAUACAACUGCAAUCAAAAAUGAUUUCAUGUGGAGGUCAGAAUGCAAGGAUGAGAAAAAUGUAUCUUAUGUGCCUUUAUGGGUAAUUCCAUUUUUGUGAUUUCAAAGAAAUGCCAAAUUUUAAAAUACAAUAUUUACUCGAAUAAACGCCGUGGCGCUUAUUAAUUUUCUCGACGUCUUGAUGCGACGCGACCCCUAUUUGGAGACUGCGCGUGCGUAAAUUUCCACACACCCGACUACCGUUUUGUAGGAAAUAUCUGUUCGGAGCUCUCUAGAACGCCUACAAUGUUCGACACCUUAAGAACAGCAAAAAAUGUCGUAAAUGUUUCUUGGUGGCUGUUUGUUGACCUCAGAGUUUCGAUUGUAUGUUUUGUUCACCCACGUAUUUUUCCUUUCAUUUCCUUCGUUCGUUUAUUUCUAUUUUUAUGAUUUCUUUAGUUUCCAUUUUUCCUUAUUUUUACAUUUUUUUGAGAUACUUGGUAAACACGUUCAUUCACUGCGUAAUAAAAUUACCGAGAUUCUUUCUAGCAACAGUGAGGGGAAAUCGAGAUAUAUUGACCAAUAAUUUGGAUAUGUUAAAAUUCAUACUUGGUCCCGAGGCUUGGGGGAAUAAAACAAAAGAGACCUUUUAUUUAUUGCUGAGGCUCAAGAUGAUUUCUUUUGUUUUAUUCCCCUAAGCCUCAGUGGCAAGUCUGAAUUUUAAUAUAUCGAAAUUGAUUCAUUGUUUUUCAUUACUUUUUUGACACUUCAAUGUUCACGUGUUCAGGGGGUUACCUUGGCCUUUAGGGACGAGGCCAAUCCUGUCCUUCAAAACGGGCGGGAACCAAGGUAAAUACCCAUAUUAUUCGGUGAUCACUCAAAACAGCCCAUCUCUGACACCAUCAAAGUUUAAUUUUCUAAAGGAAGGUUAAAUAAGAAAUCCAAUUCUCAAACUCAUUAAUUAUUCAUGAGGGCAACAGCCACUACAUGAGGCAUAUUUGGGUCACAUGAAUGAACCUUGAUACCCAAUGAACACUCAGAUGAAAAUCUUAUGGAUUUUGAUCUGAGAUCAAACAUGGUUUUUAAUCUCAGAUCAAACACUUGCAUUUUAAUGAGCAUUUUUCAAUUAUUAAUACAUCGUCAACAACAGUUCCAAAAAUGACCUGAAUAUUAUUUGAUAUGAUUAACCUUGAUAGAGUAGGAUACCACAAACUAUUCCAUAAACGGCUUUCGGUGGAUAUCUCUCCCCCUACUUCUUGGCCACCUCAAUCACAAACUUGCUAAGCUAGUAAUUCAAGUUUACUGUAUCCAUUUCUUCAAUGUCGGUAGACAGCCGUGCGACCUUGUGUAAAUCAUAGCCUUUAAAGAGCCCUCCUGGAUCUUUAACCGACCGAGAAAUUUGUCAUUCGCCAAAAAUUGUUACCGCCUAUUUGUUCUUAUAUUUGGUUGACGAGGGAAUAGCUUUUUUGACUAACUUGUGUUCUUCGUAAACCGGGUUCGGCUCCCUACGUCUUCCCUCUCCAUCUUCACUCAUUGUCAGACACCAACUACACCAAAACAAUUAAUCAAUAUGCAUGUUGACUCAAUGUUACGGAAAAUGGCAAUAUUGCGUCGCUGCGUUAUGGUUCUUUCAUUUGGGGAGUACAAUAGCCAAAAAAUGUAUCACUGCAUAUUUUUUUAUUGUUUCGUUUGAGAAGUAAUCUCAAAAACUCGUGCUUCGAGUUUCAUCAGGGGUUCCGAACACCUCGAAACAAUAAAAGCACGAGGUCGCAGGCCGAGUGUUUCAUGUAUUCCUCGGUGUUUGAAACUCCAGAUGAAACCACCUCACUCGUUUUUGAUAUCUAACAUGAAUUUACUCAGGGCCGGUUAAAUCUUAAUAACGACUGGGACAUUCCCUUUACCUCUCCCUACUCAAUUAGCCACGAGAGGCAGGGAGGGGGAACAAGAGCAGAGGAUAAAUGCUUCUUGUUCUCAGAGAUCAGCAAUGGUUUAUUAGUCAGUUGCGAUUCCCGAAGCGUGGAUGUCUUCGAUCGACAGACAAAGCAGCCGAUCGGUACUACAGUGGACCACUGAGGAAACAGUUUCCAUCAAUGCUUUGAAACGAAACUCAUCAACCAUGAAGGUGGUUUGCUUGUCCCGCUCAGAUUUUUCAGCAGUUUCUAACUGCGUUUAAAAGUUUUGUUGUUGUUUGCCUAUCUUUGUAAUGCACCAGUCACAAGCAACGAUCGUUUUCCUACUUUGCAUUGUCACAUUCAGAAUUUGACACCAUCGCCUGCAUAAGGACCAAGUCCCGGUUGUUCAAAAGUUGGAUAGCGCUAUCCACCGGAAAAAUUACUAUCCUGGAGAUAAGUAUUAGGGAAACCAAUUACUCUAUCCAGUAGAUAGAGAUUUAUCGAGUGGAUAGCGUUAUUCACCUUUUGAACAACUGGGGCCAGCAGUACUCGGUCGAAGCGAGGCGAUCAAUGACCAAGGUGAGACAAAAGAUAAAACCACUAAGAGAUGCAUUGGUGUCUGACACGGUGCAGCGAACAGCUAGAUGGAAUUGAUUCGCGAACAAGAGAUCUUGCCAGAACUAGCAGGCUUUAUUGGCCAGCCCUGUUCGUCCAGCUCUUCAUCUCCAUUCUUGUUAACUCUAAAAAAACUAUCUACCAAAAAAGUCGAUUCUAAUUGUAAUUGUAGGUUAUUUAUCUGGAAUAAAUUGUCGGCAACGCCAUGCAGAGUUAACAUAAAUCAAAUGACUUUUAUGGAUGUAUCUUCCAGGAACAUCUGAUGGAACGGAGUCCCACAUCAAUGACGCCAGGGGUGGUCACUGCAGUGACACAAAAAGAGGAAUAUUCAUGAAAAUUGAAGUCUAUGUCUGCAAAAAGAAUAAUCUAAAUGAUACAGGUAUUUUCAUCUCUCCCCCCCCGUUCCUGUCUCUGCCCCGCCCCCUUUUCACUCCCUCCAACUCCUUGCCUUUUUUGGAAUUUUACUCUUCGGUUAUGUGAGUAGAACGUUUCGCGCACGGGCAGAAACAAUUAUUUAAUGAUGAUGAUUUAAUUAUAAUUUAAAAAUUUAUAGUGCGCAAAUUUCCAUGUAAACUAUAGUCAAAUGCGCGAUAAAAAUAAAUAACUUAAAAAAUAACUUUGAAAAAUGUUUAAAUAAAAUAUACGUUAAUUACAAAGACACUUUUAAGUUUCUUUGUAAUUAUUCUUUGUAAAAGUAAUUACAAAUACGUAUGUGCAAUAACUGUAGAAAUAAACAUGAUUAUAGAAUAGUGUAUGUAUGCAUUCGUAACAUUAAAAAACAAUCCUAGAUCUUGUUCAAAACUAAUCUUAAUUAUAAGUUAAAUUAAAAAAAUAAACCGUAAGCAGCGAUUUACAUUUGAUUUUAAAUUUGAUGAGUCGUGGACAAAUUGAUAUUGAUGUAAAUAGCUAUCUACAACUCCAUUCUGAAGUUAGAACUCGAGGGAGUCAUCGUUAUAGAUAUAGGCAAGAUAAGGCGACAAAGAGAACAUUACUUUAUUUUUAUUCCUUCUUCUCAAGGACCAUAAGGCUAUGGAAUAAUUAUAAGCUACCCGCGGAAAUAGUUGAGUCAAACUCCUUGGCUGUCUUUACCUCUAAAUCUGACUCCCCUACCUAGCUAAGAACUACUAGACGUUUUUUACUUUCAUACUUUUUUACUCUUUAUUAUGAUUCACUUAUUUUUAUGUAUGUAUCAUCCUAGUUUAUUUGUUAAUUUUAUCCGAGCAUUGUACAUAUUUUAUGAUCGUUUCUUUUAAUAGUUGGUGCGAUGUCUUUAACAGAUUUUAACAAUUUAGUAAAUGUAGCUGUAGAAGUUAGUUUCGUUAGGUAGAGUGUUCGACAAGUUGUUCCACACAGCCGGGGCCGCCAUUUGAGAGGAGCGAUCACCAAAUGUCUUUUUUGGCUUAAUAGGUAAUAUUUCUAAAAGAAGUCCAUUGUUGGAUUGUAGAUUGUAUCUAGAGUUCUCUUUUCAGUAGUCAGCUGACGGUCCAUGUCUAAUCGUAAAUGUUAACACUGCAAUUCAGGCAAUGUUGAGUGUGGUACUGGCGAUUUAUAAACCCCUCGGACAUACAACACUUAAUUUCAGGGGAAAUCAAUGUUGAAUCAACUUAUUCUGAAAUUAAGAAUUGGUUCAUGUUUAAUUAGCGUGCGUAUAUCGCGAGGUUUACACAAUGUAGUGAGUUCUACGCUCGCUGUGAUUGGUUGUUGCCCAUGAUCUUAAAAGUCUACUGUGAACAGGAAAAAAAAAACUUGUCUCGUACCGCUUUUGAGUAAUGAAUUUUAUGUCUCUUUUUUCUGAUGAUUAAUACAUGUAUAUAUUUGUCUUGUUGAUAUUGAAAGACCGCCACGUCAUGUUGCCACAUGUUAAGCGAAUAGGCAGUAACAUCAUAUCCAAAGCUCCAUUUUGCUGUAGUCAUUUUUUAUUUGACGUCUGCAAAGUCGUUUAAUCCAUCUUAAUUAAUUAUAAGUUUGACUUGAGAUCACAUAUGUUUAUUUCUCAUCACAAAUACAUAAAAGUUUUCAAACUUGUCAAACUUCAGCGAAGAUAUCGGCUACGCACUGCUCACUGUUAGGGUAUUUUAUGGAGGAAAACCUUCCUACUGCCUGCCGCGGACGGCCAUUUCCUCAAGCGUUCUUGGUCACAGUGACAUUCAGUAACGAAAAUCACUAUUAACGUUUCCUUCGCUUCGCUUGGACUAGUCGUGACCCGAGAAAACGAUAAAAACCACUUGAGACUUCACUAUGCCUUCUUGUGAGGAGAUCUUUAAAUACUGACUAACAACCAAUCGACACGACGAAGCCGCCACGCUUCUUAAGUCAAAGAGUGAUCCUAGCUGCAAAAAUUGUAACAUUUACCUGCUCAGGACAGUAACUCCCCAUAUACUAAUAUGAAUUUGACUAACAACCAUUCCUUAGCUGCCUCAAACGCUGUCGGCUGUGCCUGGACAUUUUAUGAUCAGUUUGAGGACAAACUUUGUUCUGUGCUUUCCAUCAUCCUGAACUUGACAACGUGCCCUCUUACGGUCCUUCUGAACACACUCGUCAUGAUAGCGGUUAAGACAAAACCAAGCCUUCAGACAAUGCACAAUGUAAUACUGGCCUCCAUGGCAGGUACAGAUUUGGCGGUGGGGGUAGUUCUUCAGCCAGUAUUCAUCGCAAGAGAAAUUUUCGGCCUUUGGGGUGGAUGGGUGUUGAUUCAGUGCUACCUAAACACAAUGACAAUGAUCAUAACAUCUCUCCUUUGCUUAACGUCUCUAUUUCAUGUUGUGGUGAUUGCCUUAGAACGCUUUAUAGCAAUGAAAUAUUCUUUAAAAUACAACAGCAUCGUGACAACACGACGUUUAGCUGUGGCUAUAGCUUUGUGCUGGCUUUUUACGGGAAUAUAUUUUCCUCCCAUGUUUAUUGAAGCGCGUAUCACACGAGUUUUCGCGAUUAGUACAUCUUUAACAGUGAUUUGUUUCUGUCACUUGUCAGUUUAUUUUGUUUGUCGCCGCCAUUUGAAUCGCAUUAAAUCUGAGCAAUCCUCCAGGGAAGCCAAAAAAAAGUUCUUAGAUGAUCAAAAAGCUUGGAGAACAACCAUUAUUGUUUUAGGUGGUUUUAUUUUAUCUUUUUUGCCAGAGGUUUUGCGCGCUACACUCUUGCAACCAUUUUCAUUUUCAUUACUGACACAUUUAAGGCCACUGACAUUUUCUUGUAUUAUUUUAAAUUCAUUUUUAAAUCCUGUUAUUUAUUGCUGGAGGAGCCAAUUCAUUCGUCAAGGAAUGAUGCAACUUGUGGGAAAGAACGUGAACAAUGUAUAAAAGAGCCAAAAUGUAUAUUAAAUCACAAUUAAAUUUUGGCAAAAACUGUGUAAUUUUAUUGACGUUUUGAAUGUCUAGUAAGGUAAAAACAAAAUACAAAAAUAAAAUAAGUUUUGAGUUUAUGGCAAUCAAUUGUCUACUGUUUAACUUUAUAUUUCAGAAUUUUAACGUCCUUCUUAUCAUGUUUGCUUGUCAAAAGGCUGUGUACGUUGUUUAGGAGAACAGAGUUAUCUGACGGUAAUAAAAUAGUAAUAUACAAACACAGAGGUGUGAGAAAAACUCUCGACAAUUGAGAAUGUAUUUUCUCGUACAUAGUUACAAAAUCAGCUUUUAAAGACUCUUUCCCCUUUUACACGUUGAAAUUCGUUACAUUAAAGAAAAAAAGGUUUAUUACGUCGCAAAACAGUCCAUAAGAUUAUUUUACAGAUAAAAAAAGACAAAUCCACAUUACUUCCUAAGUCAUUUUCUUCACCUUUUGGCGGCUUUAUGCCAUUAGGGAAACUAAUACGAUCGUUUGUAGCGGACUUAGUAUCAUAGACCUUUUUCUACUUUAGCUGAAGUAAAUUUACCAUGGGAGAAAUCUAGAACUUAAUGUAUAAGCUAAUUUCUAAUCCCGCAAUAAUCCCGCAAUAAUUCCUUUUUCGCGUUAAUCAUAAAUUAGGAAAAUGAAAUCAAUAGAAUUCCAAUUUUUGAACCUCACAUCACAGUUGACUUCCGGAGUCUCCCCCUCUGAGUUAAACACUGUUAAUUUCGAGAGUCUCGAAAUAGUGAAAAAUGAAAACAUUACUAUUAUUAUAUUACUGAAUCAUUUUCGCCCGUCCACAAAGAAUGCUAAAACAAUGCACGAUGCAAAUACAAUAGUAUCCCUUACUGAGCAUGCGUAAUGCGAUACAUGACAUUAUUGUUUCAUUAUUAAGACUUGCGCUGGCUACCAAUCAGGCAACAACUUUAUUUUCGUUUUGCUGUUCUGGUUUUUAAGUGCAUGACGAGUUGUGCUCCGGAGUAUUUGACAUCAAAGCUCGUUGGAAGAUCCGCCGUCUCGACAGUCUUCUUUUAUCAUUGUUAUAUUCUUAUUGUCAUGUACUUGGUUUAUAAUUUUGUAAUGUAAAAUUGACUCUGAAAAGCCCCGUGGGGACGAGCCAAUAAAGUAUGUAUGUAUGUAUGUAUGUAUGUAUUGUAUUCGAAAACCUCUGUUUACGCCCGUCCACACGUAAACGAGAAGCCAGCGUUUUCAAAGCUCUCCACUCUGGGGAGCGUUUUUAAAAGAUGUGUUUUCGGUGCCAGUUUUACCAAAAAAGGGUGGUCAGUAGGCAAAACCAAAGGGAAAAAUCUCCGUUUUUAAACAAAAACGGAUUUGUGUGGACGGGGUGAUAAUCUCUGGAUAAACACAUUGAUGACUUUAAUACAAGCAGUUCAAAAUAAUCUCUGCUUAAGGAACGAAUUACACCUUGGUUUCAAAAAGCUAAUAUGACACCCGUGAUACACAAUAAACUAGGAAAGUUUUUAUUUGGAAAUCAAAUGACACCGUGAAGCCAAACUUUUUUCUAUAAUUGAUAUAUUAACAAUGUUUUGCAUCCGCAAUCUCGUGCGGCUAAAAUGGGUUUAAAGAAUCUAACAAAGCUCCUGACCAUCUUGGUGUAGUCAUUUUAUGACUUGCCAGAGUCUUUUAAUCCAUCUUAAUCUAGUUGAAGUGAGAUCACAUAUGUUUAUUUCUCACCAAAAGUACAUAAAAAUUCAGUCAAAAUAUCCGAACUUUAAAAAGCUAAAAAAAAAAUAAGAAGCUGAAAUAAGGCUUCUAAAAAUUAAGCUAGUAAUGUGGCACAGAAGAGCCAUUCAUGGAAUGCUAGUAAACUGUAUUAUUAUUAUUAUUAUUUUAUUACUAUUAUUAUUAUUAUUAACUGCACUGCUUUCUACAAGGAUAACUGUUAGAACUAAGGGAAACCCUUUGUGACUAUCUGUAGGGCUAUUUCUCCGAGUCUAACGGUUAGGACUUUUUAAGGCUUCUCUUCGACCGGUCGUGACCUUAAACGGAAUGCGCCUCGCAGAAUAAUAGGCUUUGUUUUAGCCAGAAAAAACAGCCCACAUUUCGAGAUGCCACCAACGGUUUUCCGCGAAAUUUGGUGGCCUGGCGUGGAGAAAUGUCGGCUAUUUUCUCAGGCUAACCUGUCUGGGGACUAAACAAGAGUCCAACGAAGGCUUAAAUCCGCAAAGAGCAAGUUUCCUUUCUCUGAUAGUAAUAGUCGACAAAGUCAAAUUUGCCAAAGAAGGAAGGAAGGAAGCCUAUUAAUAUAAGCUUCAAGCUUCGUUAGGCUUCCUUGUCACAUUAAUUUUAUAAUUUAAUUAACAACUUCUAUUCAUGUUGUAUAAGGUUUUGUGAGUGACUAAAUAAAUAAAUAAAUAAAUAAAUAAAGUUUACUGAUGAAAAAAUUAAUCUUCUUACACUUCAUCAUCAUCAUCCGUCCCGCUCUGGCCAUUUGCGGGAUAUGUUCUCGGUCGUCCCGAGUUCAAAUCCUCCGCGGCGUAUGUAAAUAUCCAACUGGUUGCCUCCUGCCAGUUGAGGUUUUCAAUCAUGUUAUGUUCUAUAUUGCAUUAUUUGUUUCAAAUCAGUAUUUGAGUGGAGUGCCUGUAAACUAGCUGGAUAAGCUCAGUGCACUUUCCAUUUCAAACAAACCUAAUUUAAUUUUUUAGUUUGAAUUUAAUUUAAUCAUCAUCUUUCGACCGAAGAGCAGCCGACUGUAAGUCAUCUCCAACUGGCUCGAUCUUGGGCAGUGCGCACGAUAUCAUCCUCGAUCAGAGAAAUGCUUAUUCGGGUCGAUCAAGAGCCAUAAUGGCUCUUGGGUCGAUUUAUUUCUGGAACUGGCUGGAAAUGGACUUGAGCGGUAUCAAUCGGGGUCUUCUCCCGUGGGGGGAAAACGCGUAGAUGUUAGCGGGUUCAUCCUUCCCCAUGCGAAAAUUGUGGCCAAGGAACUUGAGCUAGCUGACGUGAGAUGACCGUAGAUAGCAGAGGGCUAGUGACAGUGAGAUCGUAGAUUCGGUCAUUUGAGACUUUGUUUGCCGUUUGAUGUUCAAUAUGAUCUUACAACAUCGUUCCCAGGUUCUCUCCCCUACCCGUCGAGAGACAAGUCUCUCUCUCUCCCUCUGUCGCUGCGUAGGGACGGGUAGGAGAGAAUCCUGAGAAAGAGGUUGUAUGAUCUUACUGGCAUGAGGUGGCUAAAGCCUUUAGUUUCGCGCCCAUGUCAUCUUACACUAUAAAACAGAAUGCACCCAGGAAUUGAAACUCAAGGCGCUUUCCAUUUGUCAGAACUGACUGGCCAGACCAAUCCCAUCGUAAUGAGAAUUUAAUUUUUAAGCAAAACUAACAAUCCAGAUAAGUCAAAUCCUACAUAUUAUGCACAAAGGAGAUGGUUGUUCAGCGAAACCUCUUUGAAAAAGCCUAUAUUAUUACCAAAAUGUUUGGUCAGGCCAUGAUCCAGCCAGCCAGUUCUGACUUUUAAAAAGCGCCCUCAGAAUGGAGCGGAGAUAUAUACAAAAAUGGAAAUGGAUAAGGUUGAAACGAGUAAACUUGGAAAUCGACGUGCCCGACUUGUUCGGGUUUAUAUCUGUUUCAAUUUGUAAGAACUGUGUACUCUAUACAGUAGUAUAAUGCUCCGUUUGUUAUUUUAGUUUUAAUGAUUUGGUUUGGCAGGUACAUGAAGACUUUAGUAAUAUUAACCAAAAAAAGCAAUUCUGAAACAUUGUGACAGACCUCGAGUCCCUUGAGUCCGGCUAGAAAGCGAUUCUGAAUUAUUCCAAACUCAGUGACCAGAGUGUUUAUUUUUAGCAUUGAUUCGGAAAUCCAACCUCGAUUUCUAUAGCCUGUUCCAGGCUUCGUCAUAGUAGAGUCCGUUAACUAUUCAUGAAAAGGCGCCGCCGGCGAACACGAAAAUAAAACGGGAAGAAACCGAGGAGAAGAAGGGCGGCUUCCCUUUUCCCGCCGCCGCCCCUUUUUUCCAGUUCACGCACUCAAGCGUCAUCCCUACUAUCUGAGAGCCUGGAACAGGCUACGAUUUCUAGCCGUAAAUGGAGGAUAAUGAAAUUGCUUAUUUUGGGAAAGGAUGAUCUUGUUUUAUAGCUGUAACUUUUGUCUCCUUGUAGACAACGCAUGCAAGUCAGAUGAAAUUGGCGUACUGAAAUGUCCAGAAGUUGAACAGAACACUACAACACCAACCACCACAACUGAGAACGUUAAAACGACAAAAAUGCCGCAUAUAGACAGCCGCGUAUUUAGUGAAGUAAAAGUUGAGAAAGGUAACAUUUUAAUUACUCUAUGAUUAACUCAAUUGUUUUACUACGUUUUUCACUUUGUAAAACUGGCUGUGAAUUAGGCUGUGCUCAUACUAUACCGGACACCCUUUUGUACCUACUCGAAAAGGCAUCGUGUACAGUAUGAAAACUUAUGUCCGAUAUGUUACUCUCCACUUUAGAGAUCUGCGCAGCGCAGCCUUGUCCCGUUACAGAAAUCGCGCCAAAAUUACCCUUCUCAUGGGUGAACAGAACCCCUUCAGGUAUGGUUUUCGUGCCGGUGCAAAAGCUAUCCGGCAUCGUGUGAACACCUUUCCGAUGUGACUCUCCACUUUACAGAUCGGUGGGGCGUAGCUUCUCUCCGAUACAGAAAUCCCCGUUUUGGAAUGUGAACAGAAGCCCUGCCCUGUACGCUUUUCGUGCCGGCGCAAAAAAAUAUCCGCGAUGGUGUGAACACAGCCUUAGGGAGGGACUUGACUGGCUGUUAAUAUCUAUGCAUGCGAAUAACACAUAUACAGGCAGUAUAUUAAACGCUUUAGUGUUUUGACCGCGAGCUAAACCUGUUGAACUAAAAACAAAUAAUGGCUGUGUAUAAUCAUUAACAACUACAUAAUUAGGAGUCAGUAAUGGAAGUAAAGCUGAAUUCUCCCACCCCAAGCUCUGACAGAAUCGCUGCAUGACUGUUCAGCCUUGUAUCAGUUUCUUUAGGCUUUCCUUCUCUUGUUCGCUUGACGCCUGAUUAUGGUCAAAAUCAUCAAGCUUAUCAUAACUUUUUUCUAAGAUAAAGAAAGAAAAGAAAUUUGGAGUUCUUGGAAAUACGACGAUUCUUGCCAUCGCUAUCAUUAAUUACUACUGACAUGCUUACUUAUCAUCUCUCCUCAUACUGCGUCUCUUCAUUUCCUGGGGGAUCGAUCUCGCGAUGUUGCUGUUCCAUUUAUGGGAACGUUUGGUGGUAGUCGUUAAAAGAGGAAAAGGAGUUGUGUUUAAAGUGAUGUGAUCCCUUCAGACUGACGUGCUAAUGAAAACAAAGAAUAAACAAAGAAACAGAAAAACAAAACGUAAAGUCUACAUUAAGCCAUCUUUACAACUAAACUACUAAAGAGGCUGUGCUCCAUUUCACAGUUCUCAAAUUGUAUUUUCCACUCAUCGACUAAUCAGCUGCAGCAUAGUCAUUUUGUUUGCACCACCCGGCUGUGCUUCCAUCUAAACUAUGACAUUGUGAGUUGGUGCCUUUAGCUGCUGAUGAUGAAGCUAUAAAUUGGUUGCACUGUGCUUUCACCUAGUGCCUUUUAACCGCUGUUUCAAAAGCUCUCAGUUGUUUGCACUUUUGCUUUUUCUAAGAAAAGCCUCUUUAAUGUUUCUAACUGUUAUCAAAUGAUCCCGCCAAUUCAACCCAGGGUAUUGUAAACUAUUGCCCUUGAGUCCUGAGUCCAUCCUGCGAAACACCAAUAAACUUCUUGGAAUCGCGAUCAAAAGCUGGAGAAUAAACCACUGAUGCGCGUUCCCAAGCGUUUUGAUUAUUGGUUUAUUCUUCCUCUUUUACUUACGACGUCGACUCCAACUCCGUCGAUUUCUAGUCAUUACCCUUGCUUUAGAUAUCAAGAAACCAGCGGAGCCGCUUGAAGAAACUGUCUGUGAAUAAGUGGCCAAUGGUUUCACAUUAUGAUUAAGAUUGUCUUCCUCUAAAGGUUUAGAGCAUAUAGAGAUUAUAGAUUCAAGACAGAAUAACAGGUGAAUGGUUGUCUCUUUGUAGAUAGCAAUUUUAGUUUAAAAUUGGGUGUUAAAUGGCCAGAAGUUCAAACUGCAGCAUCAACCACAGCAUCGUCAACUGAAAACGUUCAGACAAACUCAGUAGAGACGAAAACGCCAGAGUUUGAUGGCCGAGUUGGUGAAAUUAAAGUUAAGAAAGGUGACGUGUAAUUUUUACGACGUUUUUCACUUUGUAAAAUGGGCUGUUGUUUAUUAGCUCUCUUCUAGCUAUAUCAGCUGUAUAUUAGUAUCUUUGUACUGAUAUUCCAAGCACAUGUGUUGCACCCUUCUCUUCACUGCGAUUAUUCCUCAAAGCAUGUCCGCUCUGAUAAACUGCUCAGAAAUUCCUGCACAACCAAAUGAAGAAUGGCUGUUAAUGUUCGACAAGACAUAUGAUCGACUGGCGAAUCAGAAGCCAGGCCAUCCCGAUGCAGCUUUAAGUUCUUUUCGGACUGCCUCAGAAUAAGAAUGGGACUGACUAUUAAAGUCUCCGUCUAGUUUUCUUUUCCUUUACCUGUUCAAUUUUGGCCUUCUUACGACUAGACUGUUAAAUGGACUUACUGCUCAAACUCAUUCACUCUGUCUAUCCUUUGAGCUAUCGAUCUGAAACUCUGGGAAAAGAGAACCGAUACUUUGUCACUGUUUAGAAAGUAACAUUCCUGUCUUUGAAAGUAUCUUCCCUUAGCUUCAUCGUCAUUAUCACUGUAAACAAAGGUUCGCCUAUGUUUCAACUUAGCGAGUCGCUAUAUUAUUAUAAACCUCUGACAUUCAGGGUAUUAUUCAAAAGGUUAAAUACAUCGAAGGCUUGGCAAUAUCAUGAAUUUGCGACCUCCAACUGGAUCACUCCUGCUAUGAUUUAUUUCCCGUCCAUUUUAUUUAUUUUAUUAUUUUUUUGUUUUAUUAAACUUCCACAUUUCUUCAGGUAACCUGCUCAUAUAGUGAGCCACUCCCCUGAUAACAGCCCAGUGACGAUUAUUCUCUUGUCCCCAGUUGUUCGAAAGGUGGAUAACGUUAUCCAUCCGAUAAGUCUCUGUCCACUCAAUAGCGCAAUUGGUUUCCCUAAUACUUAUCCACUGGAUAUUGAUUUAUUCUGUGGAUAGUUCUAUCCAUCGUUUGAACAACCGGGGCCUGAUCAGAAGAGACAGGUUCAGAAUAAUACCCACUGUUCUACCAAAAAUAUGUUCUUUUCCAUUCCACAAAAGCUAACGGCAUUUUUCCUUACUAACCAAGCGUACAUUUUCUUAUUAGAACUCCCCAUCAUGUGCGACCAACUCUUUUCAUAAGCCAGCGAUCACCUAUCCACAACACCAACAUUUUCCCAGUCAAAUGGCUUUUAGUUGGAACCUCUUUUAAGCGACUGCUUGAUACAUGGUCUGAUCUCUAUGUUCGCUGUAUGUACUACGCUACUCAGAGCAUACAAAGAACUUUUAGUGGCAACACGGAUUUUAACAUAUCGUAGCUUAGAGUUAAAAUUGCAUGCAGUAAAUUCUCCUUCAAAAAGAAUAUGUUUCGGGGCCUCGGUGGUUCGAUUCUUAUGAGCGACCACUGAAUCUUUGCAUUUUGGCUGGUCUGUUGAGGUCACAAAUGUCAUAAUUAAUUGGUGCCAAAUGUAAUAGGGGUGUUAGUUGUGACAAGAAAUUGGUGCCAAAUGUAGUAGGGUUCCAAAUGCAAUACGAAAUCGGUUCCAAAUGUAUUAAUGAGGAAGGUCACAAAUGUAAUAAAAGGGAUGGCCUUCAUAUUACGUUCUUGGUCACAAACGUACUCCCGCGAACGCGGGUAGAGAGACGGCUGAAAAUACGUUUGCGUUCGCAGCAAAUUCAUUUUUGCCCCAUUUUGUGUUAUGUCAAUGAUCAAUGAUUCAAGUCCUAAACACGCUUUGCACCAACAUUUACGUUUGCGACCUACCACUUAGAAUAUUUGUGACCCAUUCCUUACUAUAACCGCAAACCUUACUACUUUUAUGACCCACCCCAACCCCCAUUACAUAAUCAAGUAACCCUUGUGACCCAUUUCUUAUCACAGUGUGGUGACCCUCAUUACAUUUGCCACCAAUUUCGCAUUGCAUUUGGCACUACCACCAGUUAUUACAUUUGUGACCUCAACUAGUCGCUUACGGGAGGCUCGACUGCAUCAGCUUUUGAGCCUUUUAAGGCAUGAACUCUGGUCGAAUCAAGGUGUAAGUAUUUUUUUAUCAAAAGUCAUAACUCAUUCUCAAGACAUUUUCUCAUCUUGUUCCCCUACAGAAUUAAAAGCUUGGAGGGCUGUUGCAAUAGUUCUUGUUUGCACCGUUGUGUUCUCAUUUGCUUUGAUCUGCUUUCUGUGUAGGUAAGUUAACUCCAGAAAAAAAUCAUUGAUUAAAAAAAUUCUUGAAGCUGAAAAUCAUUCCAUUAAUGUAAUCCAGUAUCCAAUAUUGAAGCAAGCGUUUCCAUGUCUUUCCAUCAUUUAGUCUCUUGACAGUGAAUUUUUAAUAGAAAAGGUUUUGUUUACUGAAUUGUUAAAGCAACAGUUUAAACUGUAUGAAACUCCGUUUUAGUCAUUGCUAAUAUUUUUAAAUGAUUUAUUGGACAGAAAAUUCCGUAGGCAGCAAAACUCUUCUCAGGAUACGAAAAUAUAG